GAUGCUUUGUGAACUGAAGUGUACUUAAAUGAACUCAAACAUUAAGCAAAUAAGUUACGUGUGAAAAUAUCCGUGUUGAAACGCGUGGAAUUCUGAAAACUCUUGUCAAUCGUGCUAACUAUCUCGGAACGUUAUGUACUUGCAUUUCAAACAGACAACUUAACGUUAGCCAACAACUUUCGGACUUCAUUCUCUUCAGUUGGUCCUUUAAAAAAUGUUUGCAUUAUAUUUUGUUAAAAUUAUACCUGUUAAAAUUCAAUCUGACUGAAAUAACUGAAAUUUCAUAUUACAAUAUACGAUGUUGUGUGUUAGCGAAGCAGAUUUUUAAUCAGGCGCAUAUGAUAGCUACACAAAGGGUCCUACAGAUGCCGGAAGUACAGGAUCACAUACGCCGGUUGUUGUUAUUGUUGUAGCGUAGCUUCCUAAUAUCGGUAUAAUGAUAGUUUUUUGUUGGUUUGAUGUUUAUAAAUAAAUGAUGUUGUUUUCCGGAAGAGUUUAAGUCUGAUUCUGAUGGCAUGUAGUACAGAAAUAUUCUGAUGUAAAGUGGAAUUAGCGAGCUAGCAGAGAUUAUACUGGAGAAAAUGAUUUCGCAGGUGUUUAUUCUGUCAUCAAAAGGCGACCAUCUGAUCUACAAAGACUUCCGUGGUGAAGUUGAAAAAGACUCCAUGAGCACGUUUUAUGAGAUGGUGUCGUCUCUGAGCGGAGAUCAGCCUCCUGUAGUCAUGAGUCACAAAGGUGUGAACUUUAUUCACAUCCGACACGCUGGACUUUACUGGGUCGUGUCUACGAAGACGGAUCCUUCUCCGUUCACUGUUGUCGAGUUUCUUAACAGGCUUGUCGCUCUAAUUAAGGAUUACUGCGGCAGUGUGUGUGAGAAAACCGUCCGCAUGAACUUCGCUCUGAUCUACGAGCUCCUGGACGAGAUGGUGGAUUACGGCUACAUCCAGACAACCUCCAUGGACAUCCUGAAGAACUUUAUUCAGACUGAGCCGGUCGCCUCCAAACCCUUCAGUCUGUUCGACCUCAGCAACGUCGCUCUCUUCGGGGCAGAGACGCAGCAGAGUAAAGUGGCUCCCAGCGCCGCCGCAGCCCGACCCAUCAUGUCGUCUCACAGUGGAGAGGGAGGUAAGAAUGAGAUCUUUGUGGACGUGGUGGAGAGACUCUCAGUGGUUAUUGGCUCUAAUGGGGUCGUGAUGAAAGCAGAUGUGGAGGGAGAGAUCAGAGUCAAGUGCUAUCUUCCCUCAUGUUCAGAGAUGAGGAUCGGCCUGAACGAGGAGUUUAGCAUCGGGAAGUCUCAGCUCAGAGGUUACGGGGCAGCCGUGCGGGUGGACGAGUGCAGUUUUCACCAGGCCGUGAAGCUCGAUGAGUUUGAUACGUACAGGAUUUUAAAAAUUUGCCCCAGCCAAGGAGAGCAAACCCUGAUGCAGUACCAGCUGAGUGAUGAGCUGCCAUGUCCUCCUCCGUUCCGUCUCUUCCCCACGGUGGAAAAGGAUUAUGGGAGCAGGUUGUUGAUUUUCCUCAAACUGCGCUGCGAUUUGCCGCCUAAAAGCGCUGCUAUAAAUGUUUCAGUGACGGUUCCUGUGCCCAAGGGUUCUCUGAGUCUCUCUCAGGAGUUGAGUAGUCCUGACCAGACGGCCGAGCUUCGGCCCAAACACAAAUCCGUGGUGUGGGAAAUCCCACGAUUCCCUGGAGGAGCUCAGCUCUCGGCUCUCUUUAAGGUGGAGGUUCCCUGUCUUAGCUCCGCCUCUCUCAUGGAGGUGGGGCCUGUCAGCAUGAGCUUCGAGCUUCCCAAACACACGUGUACAGGGCUGCAGCUCCGGUUCGUGCGUCUGUCUCCGAACCAGCAGGGUCCGGCUCAUCGCUGGGUCCGCUACGUCACACACUCCGAUUCCUACACCAUACGCAUCUGAUGAACACACUCACACACACACACACACUCACACACACACACACACACACCUGACGGUGUUUCAGUAUUUCAGUAAUUUCCUGUAUAUUGAGUCCACAAAAUUGACAUUAUCAUGAGUGUUCAUUAAAGUUACUCUGUGAUGCUGAGUAUAUAUAUGUAGAUAUAUCUUUUUUUAAAAUUAAUAUUAUUAUUUUGUAUUAUUUUGCUGUUUGUGAUUUUCUUUAUAAACCAUCAUCAUGCUUUGUAAAAGUGCUGUAUAAAUUAAACAAAUGAUUAUAA